AUGGAUAAUCCUCCCACUCUCUACUUCAGUGACAGCCUCAAGGAGCUGGGUUUGGACACUGGGACACUUUUCCAAGUGAUUGGUUGUCACAGCCAUUGGAACCUCCUGGUCGGGCUAGCUAUAUUCGUGUUUUCUUACACCUUAGUCGUCAGUAUCAGCCGCCUGUAUUUCUCGCCCCUGUCAAGGUUUCCCGGCCCCAAGAUCGCCGCCGUGACUUCUUGGUACGAGACCUUUUUUGAUCUAUCAACCAACAAUUUCCCAGAAAUACUAGAACAGAUGCACCAGAGAUACGGUCCCAUUGUGCGAGUUACUCCUUGGGAGCUAUCAAUCAAUGAUGCUGAAUUUUAUAAUGAUGUCUUUGCGUCUGCAAAAAGCCAUAGGACCAGCAUCCAAGCAAGCCGUCGCAUUGGACUUGGCCUGAAAGACACCAUACUCAUGAGUAUAUCACACGAGCUGCACCAACAAAGACGAAAACCCAUAGAGAGCUUCUUCUCUCGCCAGGGCGUUACACGUGUCGAGUCUGUGAUUCAUAAUGAGAUCAGGGUACUAGAUGAUAAAUUGAAAGACGCGAAAGGAAGCGGCACACUAGUUCGGCUCGACCAUGCUUUCACGUCGUUCUCUGGAGAUAUCAUCGGGGAGCUUGCUUGUGGUGAACGCCCUCAGCUGGUCAAUGGUUCCGGGUUUACCCCUGACUGGCAAGUUAUCCAACGGGAAAUUUUGAUUGAAAAUACUGACUGUGUUAUUCCGUUAGUACGCAGCUUUCCCUGGCUUAGUGAGAUUGUACAAAUGCUACCGUUAACUUUACUACGCUACUUUGGUUCGGGUAUGGUGGGAUUCAAGAUGCUUCAUGUGCUUAGUGAAUCCCAAGUUCAAAGGGUUCGGAGAGAGGUCGUAAACGAAGCAAAAGAAAAUCAAGAUGAGAAGUUUUCCAUAUUCCAUCACCUUCUUCGAAGCGAUAUUCCAGAAUCUGAAAAGAAUGCUGCCCGUUUGUCAGCAGAAGCCUUUACAUUACUAGGCGCCGGUACUGUAACUGUUGCAUACACCCUUACAAUCGCCAUCUACUAUAUCCUGGCCGACCUAAAUAUCGAGAAACGUCUCCGUGAAGAGUUGAAAGAUGUUACGUUAUGCUAUCCGGAGAGAGUACCUCUAUGGGCCGAUCUUGAGAAAGUACCAUACCUCGUCGCAUGCAUCAAAGAGUCUUUAAGGAUUAAUCGUUUUUUUGGAAGAGCCAUUCGAACCUCUAUUGAUAUGGAUCUCCAUUACAAAGAGUAUACGAUCCCCAAGAAUACUCCCGUGGGAAUAGCAGCAUACUCGCUACAUGUAGAUCCGGACGUCUUCCCGAGUCCAAACAAAUUUGUUCCAGAAAGGUGGAUUGGGGAUAUUGACCGCCGAAUGAAUCAAAACUUUGUGCCGUUCUCCAAGGGCUCGCGAAACUGUUUAGGAAUGAACCUCGCAUGGGCUGAGAUGUACAUCUUACUUGGAACCUUAUUUCGUCCAGAUGGGCAUAAGAUGACACUGGUGAAUUGCGACGAGUCGGACAUCAUUCCUAUAUUUGACGCAGAGGUCGGGAUUCCGAAGUAUAACAGCAGAGGUCUGAGUGUUCGAAUUGAUUGA